UGUGGUCUUCAGACACUGUAGAAGUUUUUCUCGCGCCCCGGCGGUUAUCGGUCGCGCUCAUGACGCAGCUCGACGCUGGAGCUGUAGGCGAUCAUGGCUUCCCAUAAAGACUGUUUUGGAGACAGUAUGACAAGGUUGGAAUACUACAUCACCGAACUCGAAACUGGAGGCGGGAUUAUGACGAUUUCUCCAGUGACAAGGUCAAUCUACGAUGGUGACGAACACCACAAGUUUCUUGAAAAGCUGGACGAGCGCAUUCGGAAUCAUGACCGGGAAAUCGAAAAGAUGUGCAACUUUCACUAUCAGGGCUUCAUCGACUGUAUACGUGAACUGCUUCAGGUCAGAAGCAGAGCCCAAAAGUUAAAAAACGAAGUUACACGAACAGACCAAGAGUUACAAGAUGCGACACGAAAAGUCAUGCAACGGGCGGACGAACUCGUCAAAUACGGCACCAUUCAGAGCAACAUUGCCGCUACGAUCGCCAGCCUCAGCAUCUGCCUACCGGUCCUCGAGAUGUAUGCCAAGCUCGCGGAGCAGAUGAAAUCACGACGUUACUACCCCGCGCUCAAGACCAUCGAGCAGCUGGAGCACACGUACCUUCCACGUGUUGCUCGACACCGCUUUGCUCAAGCCAUGGCGGCCUGCAUUCCGCGCUUGCACGAUCAAAUCAAGGAGGCUUCGCUGUCCGAAUUGAAAGACUUUUUGGAAAGCAUUCGCCGCCACUCCGGCCGUAUUGGCGAAGCAGCUCUGCGUCAGGCGCCCGGAACGGCGCUCGCCGGGCCCCAGGUCUCUGCCGACGACGAGCCGAGCAGUGCCCAGGACCUUGUUGAUUUUUCGCCGGUGUAUCGUUGCCAUCAUAUCUACACCGUGCUUGGGUCGAGAGAAACGUUUGAGGACUACUACCGAAAACAGAGACAACAUCAAGCCCGUCUCGCCCUGCAGCCGCCGACGAAUAUGCACGAAACAAGUGACGGGUACCGCCAGUAUUUUGCCGAGAUUGUUGGGUUUUUUGUUGUUGAAGAUCAUAUCUUGAACACAGCAAGUGGACUCGUCAACCAAGCCUAUCUCGACCAAAUGUGGGACAAUGCCCUCUCCAAGAUAACCGCAUCUCUACGUACACAUUCGGCUUACUGUACAGAGGCCAGUCUCGUCCUGCAGGUGAAGAAGCUUAUCCGGUUGUUCAGUCAGACGUUACGGAGUUACGGCUACCACGUUGCUCCAGUGCAGGACCUCCUACUUGAAAUUCAGGAGCACUACAAUGAAAUCUUGAUGAAGCACUGUGUUCAGACCUUCCGCAACAUAUUUGAGGACGACUCCUACCACCCGAUCGAGGUGUCCACGCCGGAAGAGUACCAGGCAGUGCUGGACACUUUUCCCUUCCGGGACGCGGCACUCGAGGCGGCGCCGUUCCCGAAGAAGUUCCCGUUCUCGCGUUUUGUGCCCGAGAUCUUUGGCCAGGUGAAGGAAUUCAUACAGGAGUGUUUGAAAUUCUCCGAGGAUCUGAACGUGAGCCAAACGGAGGUUGAAGACAUGGUGCGCAAGGCGACAAAUCUGCUGCUCACGCGAACCUUGAGUGGCUGCCUAUCAACUCUAAUCAAAAAGCCCAACGUGGGGCUACUUCAGCUGAUUCAGAUUACUAUCAACACAAACUACUUAGAAGACGCGAGCGUCUUCCUUGAAGAGUUUAUAUCCUCUAUAUUCAACUGUAGCGGAAGCCAUCACGUUGCCAAGCUUCAGGGCCGUUCUAUGUUCAAGGAUGCACGCAAAGACGCCGAAGAUCAAAUUUAUGAGCAGCUGAAAGCCAAGAUCGACGAAUUCCUAGAAUUAGCUCACUAUGACUGGCUUCUUGUGGAGCCAGAUGGACAAGCAAGCAGCUACAUGAUGGACCUCAUUGCAUUUCUCAACAAUGUUUUCCAAGCAUUCACCAACUUGCCUGAUAAUGUUGCGCAGACGGCAUGCAUGACCGCGUGUCAGCACCUGGCAAACUCUCUGCUUGGGAUCCUCACGUCGGAAGAAACGAAGUACAUCUCCAUGGGAGCACUCGAGCAGUUUAACUUAGACGUGAUACAGUGUGAACAGUUUGCAAGUUCUGAACCAGUGAGUGGUUUCAAGGAGGGGGCGCUGCAGAUGUUUUUCACGGAGCUCCGACAGCUCUUGGACCUGUUCAUGUCGGAAGACUGGUCGACAUACUUUCACGACUACAGCAAGGAGACCAGCAGAUACCUGCGAGUGAGUGCCGCUCUCGCGCUCCAGCUCCUCGAGAAAGUCCGCGAGGCGGACAAGAAGAAGAACCUGUUCUCUUCGCUAAAGCAGAAGGAACGUGACAAGAAAAAGCUGCAAGAAACCGUACUUCGCCAGCUACGGCAGCUGGUGAGCCCCUGAGGAAAAAGGAAGUCUGCCAUGGACAAACAUGUUUUAUUGAUCGCUUUGGCAAUGGCCGCUUCUGUACAUGAUGUUAAAGGACUACCCAAGUGACUGCAAAAAGCAGAGGAGGAAAAUGGCCUACCUACUUCGAGAUGGAACCUUAAUAUACAGCUGAUAAAAUUGGGUCCACGCUGUGAACCAGCAGUCCAACAAUGUUUAACGCGCUGAAUAAAAAAAUGGAUGCCCUCUCGACAAAAAUGUAAGGCACAAACAAGAAAUGCAACUACUACGUACAAGAUAUUGCCGGGGGAAUUGCAAAAGGAAUGUUGCAUUCCGAGCAGCUCGGUGAGUUUCCCCGGUGGAGCCUCCCGUCGAGAUUGUCACGGCGUCGCCGUCACCCACCCGUACCAGACUAGAUGACGGGAGUCCGGGGAGCCCUGCCUCAGCUGUCUGGCAACAGCGGCGACACCUCGGGAGAGCCCGGUUCCGGCCCGGGGUUCUCGCGGAGCAGGCGGUCCACUUCGACGUCGCUGCGCGGGGUCGGCCGGUCUAGCCGGGACGCCUUGAAAGCAGCCUGGUACACAGUGCGGUGCACUCGCAUGUAGAUGGUGUCGCACGUGGCGAGCACCGUAUAGUCCGGCACAAAGGGCUCUUCCGGGAGCGGCCACGUCGAUGGCUCUCCGGUCACUGGACUUUGUGGUGUGCCACUGGUGUCUGCAAAAUUUUUGUCGAAUUAAUCUUGUGAGCUGCGCAAAUUACUUCCUAAACAAUACAAAUGAACUGCAGCUUCAAUUGUGUUUCCAGUAUGCUAAGCCUGAGGACGGCAAAACUGUGUGCACAAGUUUUGUCUUGUGUUGUCCUCAUUCAGCUACUUUUAAAUUACUCAAGAUGAAAACGGAAGGUCCAUAAUACUCGAGCUUAUUAGGGCUGAAGCCGUAAAUCUAUCUAGACAUUAAACAGAUUGGGUGAAACUAAUAAAAUAUGCCAAAAACUUCA